AUGGAGGUCGAGGUCAACCCCAACGAGGAUACCGAGUGGAACGACAUUCUCCGUCAGCAUGGAAUUAUUCCUGAGAAACCAAAAGACCCCGAACCGCUCAUCCAGGAAGCUCUGAUCGAAGCCGAGCGAAGGGCGCACGAGAACCGACUGGAGGACAAAGACCUGGACGAGCUUGAUGCGCUCGAGGACGAAGAAGAUGAGGAUUUCCUCCAGCAAUACCGGCAGAAACGCCUAACAGAGCUGUCCACCCUGCAACAAACCAGCGUCUUCAAUCAAGUCUACCCCCUUCAAAAAGUCGACUACGCGCGCGAAGUAACAGAAGCUUCAAAUAGCGCCUUUGUGCUCGUGCAUCUGACUUCCCCCAGUGGCAAUGUGGAGUCGCGCGUACUGACCGAGCUCUGGCGCCAGAUGGCCUCCAAGUUUGGCGAUAUCAAGUUCUGCGAGAUCCGCGCCGACAUGUGCAUUGAGGGGUACCCCGAGAGAAACACUCCGACCAUCCUCGUGUACAAGGACACUGAAAUCAGAAAGCAACUGGUCACGUUGCGAGAGAUGAACGGUCCGCGCACCAAGGUGACAGACCUGCAGCGCCUGCUCGUUGAAAUCGGAGCAGUGAAAGAAAGCGACGUCCGUCUCAAGAAGCGCGAUGACUCCGAUGACGAACGUGAGAAACAGAGUGAUCUCAACGUAGAGGACUACGAUGAUGAUUGGGACUAA